AUGGCGAAUAGUCUCAAAUCAGAUCUCUUAAAUUGCCUUUCGGGUUCCAAUGUGAUUGUCGAUGGCGACGAGGGGUGGCCCGAUGCAAUCAAGCGUUGGACAGGAUAUCAGGCUAAAAUUCCUGCAGCAAUAGUUCGAGUCAUCAACGAGGAGGACGUCAUUUCAGCGGUCUCCUAUGCGGUCCAAAACCAAAGGCCUUUUGUGGUUCGGGGAGGGGGCCACAGCAAUGGCUUUUCGACAGUGGACAGUCCCGGGAUUGUCAUUGAUCUCUCUGGAAUGAAUAAUGUCAGAGUUGAUGUUGAGAAGCAGGUGGUGGUUGUGCAGGGAGGCGCAACAAUGGGGGAUGGGGUGAAAGGGGCUGGCGAAGUGGGAAUGGCUCUCGCUACUGGAACAUGCAAUGAAGUGGGACUGAUUGGAGCUGCUCUUGGAGGUGGAAUAGGGCGCUUUCUCGGACAUUUGGGAUACGCAGCAGAUACCGUACUCUCCAUGCGAGUCAUUGUGGUAGACAACAGCGGAGUGACCCGCGUCGUUGAGGCAUCGGACGAAGUCAACCCGGACCUUCUCUGGGGCCUUCGUGGGAGCGGCCAUCUAUUUGGGGUGGUGGUUGAAGCUACUUUCCGAGCCCUCCCGUGGUCCUACGAUACUUGGCACAGUUGUCUGGUCUUUACGCCCGAUGAUGUAAGAGUGGUUGCUGAAGCUGUGGAUAAAGUUCAUUACCAGGGCGGUAUGCAAGGGCGGCUUGUAUUCUGCUCUCCAAACAAGCAGCCUGUCGUCCUUCUUCAACUGUGGUAUACGGGACCACCCGAAGAGGCAGCCAUCAAGUUCCACCCUCUGCUGGAUCUGCCGUCUCAGAAAGAUCAUCCUUUGAACUUUGUUGGCCGCCGAAUCCCUUACCUCCAUCUGAAUGACUCCAGUGACCGUAUAUGCGGCUAUGCUGGAAGAAAGAACCUAGCAGCAUUUGGCAUGAUCAAAAUGUCAGCGGAGUCUUGUGAAGUUGCACUUCAGGUCUACAUGGACUUUAUAGCUCAACACCCAGAGGCAGCCCAGACCCACAUCUUGACUGAGUUCUACAGCAUGGAUGUCGUCCGGCAGCUGGACCCAGAUGGGCAAAGAACGUCCAUUCCUGUUGAGCUCCGGCAAGAAGUUAAGUACUGGGUCAUGCCUCUGGCUUGGUAUGAAGACCCUGCGCUAGACAAGGUAUGCGCGGAGCUCAACAAGGACAUACAAGAGGCAUUCUUAAUUCAGCCAGAUGGAACACGUCUUAAGAGGGUGGGAUAUGUUAAUAUGCCAUUUGAAGAUGAUGCCGCCAACAGUAUCUUUGGUCAGGGAGAACGGCUAGAGAGGCUUAGGAGGCUUAAGAGCAAAUGGGACCCAUUUGGUGUUAUGCAAGGGAUUAUCAAGCUUUAA